AAAUAGUGGUAAAUGUCAACAGCCACGGCAAGACAGAGUUGAAGAAGAAGAAGAAAAGUGAAGAGAACACAGUCGUGAUUUUGCGUGCGGAAAAUAAUGGUGAAAUCGUGCUCUACGUGGCCAGUGGCGCGCUGUGGCAAGUAGUGGUGCGUGCGGGAAUAGUGAUCAGUUGACUGGUGUCCAGGUGCAAAGUGUUGAGUGGGUGCAGGAGUGAGUUUUCCUCAACAGUGGUCCUGAUUGUCUCAGUGGCUGUGUUUGGGCCCACAGCAAAAUGGCGGCCAGUCGGAACCGCAUGCAGCAGAAGAAUAUUUCGUCAAUUUUGUCGAAGCUGCAUGGGGCCUUCUCGGAUGCAUGCGGGCCCCAGAAGCUUUCGACGGAUAAGAAGACACUGGACAAGACGUGGAAGCUUAUGGAUAAAGUGGUGAAGCUGUGCCAGCAGUCAAAGAUGAACCUGAAGAACAGCCCACCCUUCAUACUCGACAUACUCCCGGAUACGUAUCAGCGCCUCCGGCUCAUCUACAGCAAGUACGAGGACCAGAUGCAUGUUCUGCACACCAAUGAGCACUUCAAUGUCUUCAUCAACAACCUCAUGCGCAAAUGCAAGCAGGCCAUCAAGCUCUUCAAGGAGGGCAAGGAGAAGAUGUUUGACGAAAACUCCCACUAUAGGCGCAACCUCACCAAGCUCAGCCUUGUCUUCUCCCACAUGCUGAGUGAGCUGAAAGCCAUCUUUCCCAGUGGCCUCUUCGCCGGUGACCAAUUCCGGAUCACCAAGGCGGAUGCCGCGGAUUUCUGGAAGAGCAACUUCGGAAACAGUACUCUAGUCCCAUGGAAAGUGUUUCGGCAGGAACUGUCCAAAAUCCAUCCGAUUUCUUCAGGACUAGAGGCGAUGGCACUUAAAACAACGAUAGAUCUAACGUGCAAUGACUACAUAUCGAAUUUCGAGUUUGAUGUUUUCACGAGACUGUUUCAACCGUGGAGUACACUGUUGAGAAAUUGGCAAAUUUUGGCUGUUACUCAUCCCGGCUAUGUUGCAUUUCUAACAUAUGACGAGGUGAAGGCUCGACUACAGAAGUAUAUACAUAAAGCGGGGAGUUAUGUAUUUAGGUUAUCGUGUACUCGAUUGGGUCAGUGGGCGAUAGGCUAUGUGACGGCGGAAGGUGAAAUUCUUCAAACAAUACCUCAGAAUAAAUCCCUCUGUCAGGCACUUUUGGAUGGGCACAGGGAAGGAUUCUACUUGUAUCCCGAUGGACGACUCACAAAUCCGGAUUUAUCUUUUGCCGUACAGAGUCCCAUGGAGGAUCAUAUAACUGUGACACAGGAGCAAUAUGAACUCUAUUGCGAAAUGGGGAGCACAUUUCAGCUAUGCAAAAUAUGUGCGGAGAAUGACAAGGAUAUUCGUAUUGAGCCAUGCGGACAUUUACUCUGUACACCGUGUUUGAAUGCGUGGCAAGUGGAUUCAGAGGGACAGGGAUGUCCAUUCUGCCGGGCGGAAAUUAAGGGCACAGAGCAGAUUGUGGUGGAUGCUUUUGAUCCGCGGAAGCAGCACAAUAGGAAUUCAGCAAAUGGAAAACAACAGAACAUCGACGAUGACGACACAGAGGAUUUGGGUGACUUCAACAUUGCUACAUCCUCUCUGCACGCGCUCAGCAAUAGCUUAUCGCGUACGGAAAAACAAAGUCCACACUCAUCCCCGCGAAUGCCAAGGAAGAGCACAACAUCUUCGUCAUCAUCGUGCUCUUCGGCAUCAUCCGGUACGAGUUCAACGCAGCAUCAUUUUGAUCUGUACGCGGGGCAACCGAGUCAUGCAUCGGGAAGUGGUUUAAAUGGGGGAAGCCCGGGGGUGAAUGGGUUGGGGUGUUCAAGUAAGACAAGUCGCAAUGGAUCUAGUGGAUCACUGGCACAAGCCACAAAUCCCAAUAGGAUGAGUGCUCCGGUACUUUCGAGUGCUGCCAUGGCACCCGUUGGGAAGAUCCUCCAUAAGGCGCUGUCAUCGGAUCCGGGAGGGGCUCUUGCGGAAGCAGCCCCACCAUUGCCACCGCGAAAAUCCUCCCCAAGUAUCGAUCAAGUGCCCGCAUCGACGCGUGCAGGGAAAUCACCGGCCCCCGUGGUGGUUGUACCUGCGGCAUCUAGUCUCAUUACACUAUCCCCGGAUGUCCCAGUGCCGGGCACUUCAGCUGCCACUGCAUUGGACACCAUUACGAGUUGCUGUGAUCUAGAAGUGCCACGGACGUGUGCCCCACCCGUACCGCGGCAUCAGUCCAAUCCUGUGGAUACACUCGCUGAGGAUUUCACAUUGCACGUCACGGUGCAGAAGGAUGAAGAAGUUCCUGAUGAUGGGGUGAUUGUGGGACCAGCGGAAACAAUUUCGGGAAUUAUUGAUACGCGUCCCUUGGAGGCGAGAAAACCCAUUUCGGUGACUAAUCAAAAUCUCAGCAAAGAUCCCGCAGCAACAGAUCGCGGGAAUAAUUUGUACCAACUAAAGACAACACAAAAUCACACGCGACACCAAUCUCUACCCAUGAAUACCAUCACGAAAUCCCCAACACCUGCAAAAUCCGUGACUGUUGCCCAGCUGUGUCAACCCAGGACGGCGGUGACCACAACGGCAGCCGGUGGGGGUGCGGAUACGCAGCGUCAGGCAAUUCUGUAUGAAAAUGUGACAAUCAACAGCAAAGACUGCAAUGUGCCAUAUGAGAAUAUAAACCUCGAAUACAUUGCGAGGUUAGUGAAUGAGGGGUACUCUAAGGAGAAUGCAAUAACAGCCCUUGGUAUAUCGCGCAAUAACAUCGAGAUGGCAUGCGACAUCCUUCAUGAAUUUGUAGCAAAGAGUGGCGUGUGAAUGACACCCACGCACACACCAAACAUCCUCCAGCUCUCCUUCUCAAACACACACACACACAAAGUUAUGCUACUCCAAAAAAAAGGUAUUCAAACACGAGACUUAUAUGGGAUACAUAGAAGAUGAUGAUGGGUUUUUUUUGUCGCGCACUCUAUACAGGAAAUUAACUUAUAUAUACUCACUUUUCAUAGCAACUCUACAAACUACAAUGGUGGACUAACAAAAAGAAAAAAAAACAAGAUUACAAGCAAUAGAGAAGAUACUUAAAGACUUUUCGAUAUGAAAUUUAGUAAAAUACAUUUUCUUCCCAUAUGGAUGUGCUUUCUUUAAAAAGAUUGACUCUUUUUUUUUAAAAAGAAGAAAGAACGGAAAAAAUUCAGGGGGUGUGCUACAUGACUAUUUUAAAUGAAAAAAUAAAUUCUAAUUUGAAGGCAGGCAGAGAGAAAAUUAAAAAUUUCCACCAAAUGAAGAAUUAUAAAUUACCGCAGCUAAUGAGUCCUAUUCUGCGACCAAGAAGUCUUCAAGAAUUUGUUGUAAAAUUUCAACGAUUUCAGGGAUUUAAUGAUCGCAAAAUACGACCCAAUAGUCUAUAAAAAGAAUUUUUCAAUAAACGAAAACUUUUAAAAUUUGCUUUAAA